AGUGUGUGUGUUUAUGGAUUGAACGUAACGUCAUCCAGGAAGUCCCAGUUUGUUCCCGCUGUUCACCUGAAAUGUCAUCUGUUUCACAAUCACCGACCAGUGUGGUGUGCGGAAGGCUGGUUUGCACACAGCCAGUGAAUGCUUGGCCAUCUUUUCCAGUGGCCAUCGAAGGCAAAGAUUUCCCCUGGCCAGGACUGCCUGCCUCCUUCCGUCUGUGAGCCAUGCCUCAGCGCGUGCGGCCAUUCAAGGACCAGAGGUACCGGGCUUUGCAGAGGAGUUGCCAGAAGAGGGGGGUCCUGUUUGAGGACCCCCUUUUCCCCACCUCUGACAAUUCCAUCUACUACACGAGAUCACCUCCUGGGACAAUUGAGUGGAAGCGACCUGCGGAACUGUGCACGGACCCGCGGCUGUUUGUCGACGGGAUCAGCUCGCGGGAUCUGAACCAGGGCAGCCUGGGAAACUGCUGGUUUGUGGCUGCCUGCUCGUGCCUGGCCACCGAGCCCUCGCUGUGGAAAAAGGUAAUCCCGCAGCACCAGGAUCAAGAAUGGGACCCCAAACGGCCGGAGCAAUACGCCGGGAUCUUCCGCUUUCGUUUCUGCCGGCUGGGCUGCUGGGUUGAGGUGGUGAUCGAUGACCGGCUGCCCACCCUGGGUGGCAGCCUCCUCUUCUGCCGCUCCGAGGAGCCCCGCGAGUUCUGGUGUGCCCUCCUCGAGAAAGCCUACGCCAAGCUGAACGGGUGUUACGAGGCCCUGGAUGGUGGGAACACGGGCGAGGCCCUGGUGGACUUCACCGGCGGCAUCUCAGAGCCGGUGACUCUGGACCGGGACGGGUAUGGCGAAAACGCCGAGAAGCAGAAACAGCUGUACAAGAACCUGCUGAAAGCUCACUCCCGCGGCGCCCUCAUCAGCUGCUCCAUCCGGCCCGAGUCCGGGAACGAGCUGGAGGCACUCACGGGCUGUGGUCUGGUGAAGGGCCACGCCUACGGAGUGACGGAAGUGCGGAGCCUCCGGCCCGGCCUUGGAAUCUGGUCACUUUUCAGCGCCGAGAAGCUGAAACUGGUGCGGUUGCGGAACCCGUGGGGCAGCACUGAGUGGGAUGGACCCUGGAGCGAUGGGUCAGAAGAAUGGGAAAGAGUCGGCAAGAGGGAGCGGGAGAAGAUGGGAGUGACUGUCAAGGAUGACGGGGAAUUCUGGAUGAGCUUCGAGGACUUCACGCGGAACUUCACCGACCUGGUAGUGUGCCGACGCAUUAACACCUCCGUCCUCAGCUUCCACAAGACCUGGGUGGAGGCCCGGACCUUCGGCCAGUGGUCAGUGAGCGCCGACGCUCUCCGGAACCGCAGUGGGGGAUGCCUGAAUAACCGGCACACCUUUCUACAGAACCCACAGUUUGUUUUCCACUUGUCCAGUGAAGACACGGCCCUACUCUCACUGCAACAGGAGGACAGGCGGGAACAUCGCUGUGAGGGCAGUGGCCAUAACCUCUCCAUUGGCUUUGAGAUCUUCAGGGUGGAGAUCAACCGGGAGUACCGCCUACACGCCCUGCAGCAGAAGGUGACCGGCGCCACCUACGCCAAUUCGCGGAGCAUCUCUCUCCGCGCCGAGCUGGGCCCAGGCCGCUAUGUGCUGGUGACCAGCACCUAUGAAGCUGGACUGGAGGGCCGAUUCCUGCUUCAGUUCUUCACCGACAGGCCGGUAGGCCUCAGGGAGCUGACACUGGACCAACCCCGGCCUUCCUUCUGGAGAUGUUGCUUUGGUUACCCCAGUCGGGUCACCUCCAUCCACGUCCACAGCGGGGCUGGCCUGCUGCUCCCGGGAUCAUCCAGCCCUCCGGAUUCUUAUGUGCUGAUCAGCUGUGAGGGCACGAGGCUGAAAUCGGCCAUCCACAAGGGAACCUCCAGCCCCGACUUUGACCUCAAGGGGCUCUUCUAUAGGAGGAAGCCCCAGAAUCCCAUCAAGAUCCAGGUCUGGUCAAAGGGUUUCCUGAGGGACACAUUGCUGGGGCAGGCCACCAUGCUGGCUGCGGAGAACGAGAGUGGCUCCAGCCACGUGCAGCGUCUCGAGAACCCCUCAGAGCCCCGGCACCAGCCAGGCUCUCUGCUGGUCGAGAUCUCCUCCAGCGACGAACUCACAGCCAUCUGACUU